UCCCUCUCCGGCGCCGAGAGCCGUCCGGGCGCCCGCCGGGGCCCCCCGAAAUCCCGCGGCCGGGGGGGGCACGUGGAGCGCGGCCGCAUGCGGAUGCAGCGGGGCAAGCGGCACGACCAGGGUCCCUCCAAGCGCAACCGCAAGCGCCCGGCGAUGGAUUACGAGGACCCCGAGAAGGAAUUCAAGAAGCAGCGACGAGCGGCUCGUUUCCAACCCGGGCACCCCAAAAAGCUGCGCCCGGAGCCCCUCGUCCUCCCGCUGGGGGGCUCCGACCCCCCCGGCGCCUCCGAGGGCCUCGACUGGAACGAGCUGAAGAUCCUGGGGACGUGCCAGGACGUCACCAAGCACUACCUGCGCCUCACCUGCGCCCCCGACCCCUCCACCGUCCGCCCGGUCUCGGUGCUGAGGAAGUCGCUGAGCCUGGUGAAGUCCCACUGGAAGGAGAAGCAGGAUUACGCCUUCGCCUGCGAGCAGAUGAAAUCCAUCCGGCAGGACCUCACGGUCCAGGGCAUCCGCACCGAGUUCACAGUGGAGGUGUACGAGACGCACGCCCGCAUCGCCCUGGAGAAGGGCGACCACGAGGAGUUCAACCAGUGCCAGACGCAGCUCAAGUCUCUCUACGCCGAGAACCUGCCGGGCAACGUGGGGGAGUUCACGGCCUAUCGCAUCCUCUACUACAUGUUCACCAGGAACUCGGGGGACCUGACGACGGAGCUGGCGUACCUGACGCCGGCGCUGCGGGGGGACGCCUGCGUGUCGCACGCGCUGGCCCUUCGCGCCGCCUGGGCCCUGGCCAACUACCACCGCUUCUUCCGCCUGUACCGCGCCGCGCCCCCCAUGGCCGCCCGCCUCAUCGACAAGUUCGCCGAGCGCGAGCGCCGCGCGGCCCUCAAGGCCAUGAUCAAAACCUUCCGCCCGGCGCUGCCCACCGCCCUGGUCGGGGCCGCGCUGGCCCUCGACUCCCCCGAGAGCUGCCGGCUCUUCCUGGCCGCGCUGCCCCUCUCCUUCACCGGCCCCGACGCCGCCGCCAUCGACUGCAAGCAGAGCUUGGCGGUCCUGGCUCACUUCUGACCCCCUGCCCCCCCCCGGGACGGGGGGGCGACACCGCCCGGAGCGACGACGACGACGGUGGGGGGGGGGUGGGCGGGAAGGGGGAGGGGGUCCCGGCACCCCCACGCACCGCCAUCACCCCCCCCCCCUUGCUUUUAUGGGGGGCGGGGGGGAGCGUCUCACCCCAUAACCUUCUCUUUCGGUCCCUGCAGGAGGGAGCCGCCAGCGACGGAGCUGGGGGGGAGGGGAACGGGGGGGGAGUGGAGGGGGGGGGUCCCGGUGAUGGGGGGGGGGGUCCAGCCGCCCACACCCCCCCCCCCCAACUAACCCUGUCUCAGUUUCUCUCUCUUCUUCCUGCUGCCGAGGUGGCCCCAGGUGCCGUCCCCCCGCCCCCGACGCCGCGGCGGAGCCCCCCCAGACCCACCGGAGGCCCCACCGGAGCCCCCUCGCCCCCCCAGCACCGCCAGCCGGGGGAGGGGCCCCCCCCGACCCGCCGAGCCCCCGCCGGGCUCAGAGACUCGCCAAGCCGGGACUGUCCGAGCCGCCGCCGCCGCCUUUUCUCUCUCUUUGUUUUUUGAUGCUCAAAAAUUUCUUUUUUUGGUUCGUA